AUCACUGUUCAGUCAAGUUCAAGCGAGCAAAGCAACCUGACAGAAACGAUCGACUGAUUCUGAACAAUUUUCGUUCCCAUUUUUAAUAAUUAUAGAUUAUGUUUUUAUUAGUGAAACAAAAUUAUUAUUAUUAUGUGUAGUGCGUGUGAUUAAAAAUUUUUGUGAUAUUUACUUUAUUUAAUUAAUAUUUAUAAAUUUUCUUAUUUCUGUUCGUGACUUUACAGUGUCCGUUAGACUGUGUGCAUUUAUUUUGUUAACGUAAUUCAAUUGUUCCAUAUUAGAAGAAAACGUUACUUUUCAUUAUAAAAGAAUGAAUAUAGAUUCGGUAAUGGUGUCAGAAAAAGAUGGAACACUGGUAGAUAAAACGAACAUUGGACUUCCUUCGGUGAAGUUACUUUUUUACCUCAGUAUUGAGUUCCUAAUUGCAAUUGCAAUCUCAUGCUUCAUAAGUAUACUGAAUUUGAUUAAGUCUGUGUUACCAAAGCCACCAAGAGAUCUCACCGGAAAUGUUGUUCUGAUAGUAGGAGCAGCGUCAUCGUUAGGUGCUUCUUUAGCCGAUGAAUUUGCAAAGAGAGGAUGCUCAGUUAUCUGUGUGGACGAGAUUAAUGAUUCCGUACAACAAAUAGCAUCAGAUCUCCAAUUUCGUUAUUCAGACUUAAAAGGAGACAUUAGAACAAGCCAAGAAAAACAGGACGCAUCUCGGAGAAGUCCAAGGAUUAUAGCAUAUCAAUGCAACUUAUUGAAUCAUAAUAAUAUCCACGAUAUAGCAAAAAAGGUUAAAAACGAAAUUGGCGGUAUUGAUAUUUUAGUAACAUGCGUUGGUGCAGCGGGUCAGGAUAUUUUUGACACUGCUAAUACAACCUUGAUGAGCCAUUAUUGGACUAUAUUGGCAUUCUUACCUUCAAUGUUAAAUCGAGAACGAGUUCAUAUAGUUGGAGUAAUGCCUGUCGUAUCGAACGAAGAUGCUUAUAUAGGUUCUAGAACUGCUAUAGCUAAUCUGAUGGAGUGUUUGGGUCGAGAAUUAAGUAAUUGCGUCAAUAAUUUCACAUUUCUUGCGGUUGCACCUACGACAAAAAACAGGUCGAUAAGACAGGGCGAGCAACGAGUUGCAAAAGACAUUGUCGAAGCUGUCAGAAGAGAUCAGUCGAGUUUAAACAUUGGUUGGUGUUCGCCUUUGUUCUAUCGAAUAAGCUGUGUAAUUUACAAUAUUAUAACGACGAUAACACGAUGGUAUAGGACUUAAAGAGGUUAGAAUGCAACUACGUUAAUAGGAGCAGUUUUUAAAAUUAAUAAAA